CGUCGGUGAGCUAAGCCAUCUUUGACGAAUGCUUGUCAGCUAAAUGCCCGCUUCACGUUGCGGAACACGGGUGAUGCGACAAUACUCCACACCACGGAACAUAGAUGCAUCGUUGAGAACCAUGGCUUGCCUGCUUGCGUCGAUAAUGCCAUGCCACAACGCGUCUUUCUCUUCACUCGACAAUUACGGCCAUUCCGAAGUAGCAUACUCCGUCCUUGCCUUGGGCUGCCGACGGCUGGCUUGCUUGGGCGUGUGCUAACAAAGUACCUUGAUGUGCUUUGCUCGCAAAGAUUACGUCCAUCCGACAUUCACCACCAACCAGCGUGGGGUAAGGGCAGGGUGCGCUGCAUCUGGCCCCAUUGGGAACCUGCUAAAGCUCACAACAGAUCACCGUCGCAGGGAACUUCAACGUUAGCUUGGCAUUGCACCGCAGUUUCUUUGGCUCGCCGCACGCACCGGUACGAUGCUAUUUGGCUACCAAAACGCCUUAGCUGGCAUUUGAAUCCACCAUUUUCCAAGCUGCAUUCCGGCAUCCAAUGUCUGUGGUUCUAUCGACGGCUCGCGCUCCCUUCCGGCGUUGUCCUCUCAGCAACCGUCUAUGCAAUGGACUCUACCGGGCCAAUGGACGCAAAACCUCGGCCUCUGUUAUGACACCAUGCAAGACGUCUAGCGCCAGCGACAGCGCUACCACAACCAUGGCCCUCUACACCCCUUGACUGCAUUUCAGGAGGACGAAUAAACCCGAAGUAAUGCCCGAAAUUACGUCCUUCCAUCGUCUUCCUCUCAACCAAGCAGCCUAGGGCGAAUGUGCGUGGCGGUGCAGGCACUUGCCGAUUGCCCGUACCUAGUAGUCACGGCUGCAGUGUUGCUCUAGACGAAUGCCCGCGUCGCUUGAUAUCCAACAAAUUACGGAU